AUGUCUACCGUUAAACGCCAGCUGGAAGCUUCCACCCCACCCGCAGACCUUCCCAAGCGCAAGGGCUCCAAGCCAGGUCGCAAGCCGCUGGACACAGAGGCCAAGAACAAGCGCACAGCGCAGAACCGCGCCGCGCAGCGCGCGUUCCGCGAGCGGAAAGAGCGCAAAAUGCGCGAGCUAGAAGAGCAGGUCGAGCGCCUGGAGAAAGUACGAGAGCAAAGUGAGAUGGAGUCCGAGUUCCUGCGGUCCCAACUCCAGAUGCUCAUCGCAGAAAUUCAGAAGUAUCGCCCCCAACAGAGCUCGGAUUCCCAGGUGCUCAAAUACCUGGCGGAAGCCGAGGAGCGCUGCAAGGCCGCUCCAGUCGAAAAGAGAACUGGAAGAAAUGCUGCUCGUUCUAGCAUCAGCACUAGCAACAGAGACGACUCAGAAAACGCAAGCAGGAGCAGGAGCAGGAGCACAAGUCUAUCGGAACACAACACACUUGAUACUUCGCGGCCGCAAAGAUAUAGCGAGAACUCCAGCCCUGCCGACCAGGACGAAGCUGCUAAAAUCAACGCCAACGUGCAGCGUAAAAUGAACUUCACCUUUGAGUAUCCCAAAGAUAUGCCGCCCGCCAACGGCGCUUUCCCCUCGCCAUCUGGUAGCACUUCCACGACGUCAAACCACUCCUUUUCACACCGUCCGUUCUCUCAGCUGAGCAAUACCCCCAGAACUUCUUCAGGCUCGCUAGAUUUUCUGGGCGACAGCGCGUCCAACACCCAGAGUCUACCUAAGUUCCCAACCUCGGAAUCAGGGAACGGUGACUUUGACUUCAACACCCACUUCGACGAGCAGGUCUCGGUCUUUUGUACUCAAAUGAACGAGGUAUGUGGCACUCGUGAGUGUCCUCUGCCCCAGGCCUUGCCACCUUCCACAGCUGCUUCUGUAACGCCUAGGCCCAUAUCUCCAAUACAAGAGGAGCAACCAGAGCUGUCUAAACCCGCACAAGCCAAAAUCCCAGCCGCAGACGCCUUCCUAAAGCAGGCGCAGCAACAGCAGCCUCCGAACGCGUGGGACUCUCCGCAAUUCGGUCAUUCCGGGUUUGGCAUGGGAACCGAAGAUCCCACUAACCGCUGGCUCUUCCCAGACUUCAGUAGCGGCAAUAUGAGCAGCACAGUACGAGCUCCCUCCGCCAAAAUCGACUCGGUUCCUUUCAUCGACACGUCGAUGGCUUUCCCCACCGACCAGCCCGAUGCCUUGUUACCACAAAACUCCGAUGACGUCCUGAAUCAGUUUUUCGAAGAAGACCCUAUCGUGUCGCAACUCACCACUGAGGAAAGCAACUAUGACCCUUUCAAGCCAGACCUGCAGCCUUCGGCUGACUCCGAAACUUCGAAGCAUUCAGUCUCGUCCUGUUCAAACGAUUCCGAUCCCUCAAGGGCGGAGUCCAACGCCUCGACCGCUCUGACGGAACCCAAUUACACAAUAGACAAGACCAGCGUUCCAUCCGCAGUUCUCGCGGCCGAGGAUGCGGACGUGGUGCCGGCACGCGACGGCCUACUACUCAAGUGCUCUGAGAUUUGGGAUCGCAUUACUGCUCAUCCCAAGUACUCGGACAUUGACAUUGACGGGCUGUGUAUGGAACUGCGUACCAAGGCUAAGUGCUCAGAAAAAGGUGUGGUGGUCAAUUCAGAUGAUGUCCAGAGCGCCUUGGCGAAGCACAUGUCAUGA